AUGAUCACGCAUCAUUUAGUUAAAAAAUUUAAUAUAGAAAAUCGAGAAUUCUUAUUACGUUUGAUAGCGAUUUUAAUUUUUAUUGGAGUACUAUUAUGGUUAUCAAUAAAUAAAAUAUUGAUAAUUUCUGGGGCAAUACAAGCCGAACCUUUAGUGUCAAUGUCCAUAGAUAAUUUAACUACAACUGGAUUUCCUAUUUGGAGUGGUUUUAUAUGUUCCCAAAAUCUUACUGGAAUUACAGUAGAAACACUUAAACGAGGAGGAAAUAAAGGGAAUGGUACCGAAACAGAUGACGAAGCUACUCUACUUCCCGAUUCAUAUAUAAGUAGAACCGAUACUAAUGCAUUAACUACGGGAGAUUGGACUUUAAUGACAGGAAUUUGGCCAUGUUUUUAUUUUAAUAAUUCUAAUAAAGAUUAUAAAUUCAUACCAGGAAUUGUUGAUCAACUUAUUAUAGUGGCAUUGGUUGAUGGAAAUCAAUCAAAAGUUGAUAAUGGAUUAUUAUUUGGAGUAUUUGAUGAUAUUAGACCACUUAAUGUGAUAGAACCAUUUAAUGCUGGAAUCCCUUCAAUAAAUACUUAUACUUUUACUUUAACAGAAAGAGUUGAUGUAAAUAAAAAAGAACAUUUGUAUUUUACUGUUAAUAAACAAAAUUAUCAUUCUAUUACUUUUCAAAAUGGUUCUAUUGCUGCAAGGUUUCUUUAUUCACCUGAUACUUAUUUGGCUGUAAAAUACGUAGAAACACCACAAUACACAAUUAAUGAUCUAAUUAGUGCAACUGGUGGUAAUCUUACCUACGCCAUAGCAUUUUGGAUAAUAUUAUUUGGUCGAGGAAAAUAUAAAUCUUGGGGAAUUGUUCAACGAUAUAUUUUACAGAAUUCACCUGAUGCCCAUAAGAAAGAUGAUACCGAUCGUCACAUUGCGCUUUCUACAUUUCCACUGCUCCCUACUAUUACACAAUGUCAUCAACCUCAACAACAACAACAUUAUUCAGAUCAUUCAGCACCAAAUUCUGCAGCUUCUACAUUUUAUUUUAAUACUACGGGAACGCCAACGUCUUGUGGGAAUGGUGGUGGUGGUAUUAUCAUAGAAGAACUCGGUGAGCUUACUGAUAAAGAAAUUACCAAGAAAAUUAAUAAAAUAGUUGAUGAAAAACUUUGGUUCCUGGAACAAACUAUGAGUAGACAUUAUCUUUCUGGAUUUAGAUUACGUAGGUACGAUUCGGAUCUUAGAAAAUUGAAACAUAAUGGUAGUUAUUAUGAGGAUGAUGAUGAUUAUGAAUAUAAUGCAAAGAAUAAAAUAAAAAAUAAUAACUCGGAGAAUAAUUUAGAAGAAAAAGAUAAUAAUGAUAUAAAAUUAUCACCAAGGAAUCUGUCAUCAUCACCUCAUUCUUAUCCAGUAGUCAAAAUAAGACCAGUUAAUAUUGAAAGAAAACUUGCUGUUAGGCAACUACAAUGA